UGGCAACAUCACGGUCCGUGGACGCGCGAGGAGGCCGGGAUGGGAACGUCCACGGCGGAGGACGCCUCUCGGGAGAAGACGCCCACCCGAGCCGGCACCAGGUCACGCACAAUGGCCGACAAGGGCUUCUCACGCCAGCAGUGGGUGACGCUCUUCAUCUUCAGUCUGGCCGACUUCUGCUCGGCGGUCUGCGUCUCGCUGCAGGCGCCAUUCUACCCACACGAGGCGGAGAAAAAAGGCGCCACCGCAACACAAUAUGGAUUCGUGUUCGGCAUAUUUGAGCUCACAGUAUUUCUAGUCAGCCCAUUGUACGGAAAAUAUUUGAACAGGAUAGGACCGAAGUUUGUGUUCAACGCCGGCAUAUUCACAACGGCUUCCUGUUCUAUAUUGUUCGGGUUUUUAGAUAAAGUUUAUGACACGGAACUUUUCAUAGGAUUGAGUUUUGCCAUACGGAUAGUAGAAGCUAUGGGAAAUGCUGGUUUUCUCACAGCAAGUUUUGCAAUCAUCGCCAAAGAAUUCCCCGACAACGUAGCAACCACAUUCGCUUCGCUAGAAACGUUCUUCGGGAUCGGCCUAAUCGUUGGGCCAACGGUCGGAGGCGCUCUAUAUCAGGUCGGUGGAUACACUCUGCCUUUCGUCAGCCUCGGCGGCGUGCUGUUCUUCACGGCCAUUCUGACGUUCAUCGUCCUACCGAAGCACGACGACCACUCGUGCAAGGACGGCAAGGGCGGCGGAGUACGCAAGGCGCUGCGAGUGCCUGGCAUUGCUGUGGCGGCAUUCUCCAUCGUGUCAGCUUCUUCCAGCAUCGGAUUUAUACAGGCCCUAAUGGAGCCUCAUCUGCGACAGUUCGAACUGAAGCCGGUGGUACUCGGGCUUAUGUUCGUCAUCAACGGCGCCGUGUACGCCCUGUGCGCGCCAAUCUGGGGCUGGCUCUGCGACCACCACCUGCAGCCCAAGGUGGCGACGGCCAUCAGCGCCGUGCUGGUGACGGUCGGGUUCGCGCUGCUCGGCCCCGCCCCGUUCCUGGGGCUAGCGCCAUCACUGGGCCUCAUCAGUGUUGCUCUGGUCAUCCACGGCGUCGGCUUCGGCGGUGAGGUGGUCGCCGCGUUCGUGGACGCGCACCGAGAGGCUGUGUACAAUGGCUUCCCGGACAACCUAGACACGUACAGCAUGGUGUCCGGCCUGUGGACGUCGAUGUUUGCGCUCGGCGCCUUCAUCGGACCGUCGCUGGCCGGCAUCCUGUACGACCACUUCGGCUUCGAAUACGCCACGCUGAUGAUUAUCGUCACGCACACAUUGCUGUUUUUGGUGGUGGCGCUUUUCUUGUGCGUUCGACGGCGGCGCACGUUCCGGGAGCUGCAGUCGGCCAACGAGAAGGGCGAACAGGAGCAGGAGAAGAUGCCCAUGCUGACCGGCAGCUUCGACAGCAGCUACGGCAGCGAGGGCAGCGGCAGCAACUCGGAACUGGUGGUCUGGUGAUAGCCGGACCGCGGGCGGUCGCAGCCGUCUGCCGCCCGCCCACACAGUGCUGCGGCGCCCGCUCGGUGCGGAGGGACGCGCGCGGAGCUGGCGGCCUGGUGGUGUCUCUGCACGGCGCGCGCGUGGUGGGGAGCUGGCAGCCAGAUGACACCCGCCCCGCGCGGAACUGGCGGCCUGGUGGUGUCUCCGCACGAAGCUGACGAUCUUGCGCGAGCUUCCCGGUGCCGACCGCGUGCGCCAUGCUUCUGAACAUCGGGAGCAGAGCAGCCUCAGACAGCGGUGUUGCUCACGUUCGCUCCGGGACAGCGUAUUCAUCUAAAGCGACCGGCGGACGCUCCAGCCACGCCUUCGGUCGGAGGACGCGCGCGAUGGGACGAAGCAGCGGCGUCCGCUGGGGCCCGGCGCACGCCCCUUGACGAGACUGGUGGUGUGGCAGCGACGGUCGACGGUCCACCCGGCGGCGUCCGCACGCCGGACUACUCCCACCAGGCGUCAUCGCGACUGGGGCAAGGCGCGUGUCGAGUGCGACGCGGCGGUUGAGAGGCGGGUUCGCGAUUGCUGACGCCUCGGGAGCGCCGCAUGUACGCACGCGCACGCGCGCUGGCGAGCGCUAACAGAUGACCCGAGCGGGGACCAGCGCCAGGCUGUGGAGCUUCGGUGUGAGGUGCUCCAGGCGUGAAUGCACCAGGGCUGUCACGCGUCGUGGUGCUCUGCGCUGUCUAUACUCAGAGAAUGCAAGUCAGGGUCCGUGUUGCCUCUAAAGCGUGGCCACAGCGUUCCGGAAAGCGAACUCGUGGAGAACGCCUGGCGCGCCGCCGCGUGCUGAGUUGGCUGCCAAGUGACCCACUACCACGUACACGAAACAUACCGGGGAUGCGGGCUCUGUUCGACUUGUUCAUGAUAGCUUUUUGUGUACGUAUUUGGGGGUGGUGCAUCCCUGACUUGUAAAAUACAAUGUUUAAAAAUGUGCUCAAUCUUUGGUGACUUAGAAGACGCAACGCAUUUAGCUCAGAUUAACGCGCAAUAGCAGCAGCAAGAUACAAGCCGAUGAGGAA